UCUACGUGGUCAAGUCACUUGCCGGUCCUUUGAAUGUGUUGCUUUUCGGGGAGACUGGAGUUGGAAAAAGUUCCAUCAUCGACUUGAUUAUGGGACGCGACGUUGCACAAACGUCGCCCGAUCAAGAAACUUGCACAUUGCAGCAUACCUCCCACGAAGUCAGUCUUGCAGAACGCCGAUUCAAACUUUGGGAAGUUUCCUCAAUCGAAUCAAUGGGUUCUUUCCGGGCCCUUUUGGCAAAAUGGCGCCUAGAAAAGUCGUACAAGAAGCUGUACAAAGAUGACGGGGUCUACCUUCUUUUGUAUUGCAUGAGGGGAUCGAGGGCGCAGAGGGCACUGCUCAGGGAUUAUAAGUUCUUCACUGACAUCGUUGGCUCUACGGCCACUGCGGCAGGCGGCGUACCUGUCGCCGCUGUGGUCACCUCCUUGGAAGAUUAUCCUAAGGACAUGGAUAAUUGGUGGACGAAGAACAAGGACAAUCUGGAAGGCCUCGGAAUGCGGUUCUCCGCACAUGCUUGUAUCACUUCUCUCUCUGACGAUCUAACAUCUUCACCUGCAAUGCGCGCACGUCGAAAUCGAUCAGAACAAGUUAUUCGCCAUCUUAUUUAUGAGUCCUGCAGAAUAGGCAUCGAAACACCUCGCAGUUCCAGUCCUCUAUGAAAAGUUGUCAAACUUGCUUGCGCAAUAUGGUUCUCGAAUGU